GUGUCAUGUAUAACCUACGCCUUCAUACUGUGUGACGAUGUGUGUGAACGAAAUGGGAGUAAGAACAUUAUAGAAAGAUCAUACCUAAAUGCAGGAUUAACAUAAUUUACUAAUAGUCAUGGUAUUUUAAUAUUAAAAUUUAUCAUGAAUGUUCGCUGAUCGAAUACUUUAGUAGCACUAGUGAAAUCGUUAAGACAUUUAAAUUUAAAUUUUAGAAGAUGGACGAAUCUGAAAAUGAUAACGGAAGAACAUACGAAAGACGUCUCUCGGGUGACUCUACCAACAGUGAUAGUGUCCCAGAUAAUCAUGAUUGUGACUAUGAACCUGCCUUGGAAUUUGAUGAUACUGAAUUAAUUCAGGCAGCAUCCUCAGAAACAGAAAUGGAUCAGGAAGUAGAAAUGAACUGUGAUGACAAUUACCAGUACCUUGACUCACCGUUAUCUGACAGACUGAUGGAUGAAAAUUUUGAAGAAGCUUUAGCCAGUACAGCAAAUGGAUUACUAGAUGAUGAUUAUAUAGAUGAUUUUUCAGACAUUGCCAAAUAUGGGAUUGUAGAAAUUGCAGGUGAUGACUCCUAUGGAAGGAAAGUGAUAGUCAUUUCUGCUUGUAAGAUACCUUCGAACAAAGAACUUAAUCAUGCCAAAUUUCUCAGGUACCUCAUGUACACACUAGACCAGUUUGUGGAAAAUGACUAUACACUUGUUUAUUUCCAUUAUGGUCUCAAUAGAAAAAAUAAGCCUUCUCUUGGCUGGCUGUGGUCUGCUUAUAAAGCAUUUGAUAGAAAGUAUAAAAAGAAUCUUAAAGCAUUGUAUCUAGUCCAUCCCACUACCUUCAUUAGGGUAGUAUGGCAGAUUUUCCGACCUGCUAUUAGUGUCAAGUUUGGAAGGAAAAUGAUGUAUGUCAAUUAUCUUGAUGAGCUUAAAAAAUACCUUCAUUUUGAACAGUUGGCCAUUCCGAAAGUUGUUAUAGACUACGACAAGCAACUUAAAGUAGCUGCCAAAGGAUCUUGGUUUCCCAGAUCAUCAAGCUGUAGCAGUCUAAAUGUUGUAACUCCUGUCUGUUCUACUCAACAGUUCCGAGUUUCGUUGUCAUUUAUAAAGGAACACAACAAUGGUGACGUGAUACCCCGUGUCGUGAAGACAUGCAUUGCUUACCUUGACAACGAUACAGCUCUUGAAACUGAAGGGAUCUUCAGGAGAUCAGCCAAUACCCAAACUCUUAAAACAGUACAGAAUUGUUUUGAUGAAGGUAAGACAGUGAACUUUGAUGACUACAGUGACAUCCAUGUACCUGCUGUGAUAAUUAAGACUUUUUUGAGAGAAUUACCGGAACCACUGCUGACAUUUGAAUUAUAUGAUGACAUAAUUAGUUUUCAAGAAUUGGAACAGACAGAAAAGCUUCCUGUUGCCAAGUCUUUAGUGCUACAGAGAUUACCUGAAGAGAACUAUUGGCUUCUCAAUUAUAUAGUAGAAUUUCUGGUCAGGGUUAUGGAAUGCAGUGACCUGAAUAAAAUGACUGCUUCCAACUUAUCUAUAGUAUUUGGACCCAACUUGGUGUGGUCACAGAGUCAUCAGGCCUCCCUUUCAUCCAUUUCCCGUAUUAACCACUUCACGGAGUUUCUUCUGAAGAAUCAUGAUAUUAUCUUUACCAAGUAGCUGCAGAGAAA